UCGCUUUUUUUUUGAACAGCUGCCACAACAAAUCUACAUACAAUCGAAUAUGCAUGUCGCUCGCGUGGCGUCUCUCCCUUCAAAUUUAAAUAACGUCCACCUGAAUCUCAUCUUUCCACUUCACACUCCCAAUGUUCGACCAAUACUCCAGUCCUAUCAUGCUACACACCCAAUCAUCUAUUGGUGUCAUGUUUGAUCCUUACAAGGAAAAGGUCAACCCAGGUCAUCUCUAUGUCCGCGACGCCAUUCAGAUCAUCCAGCUCGUAGAGGCUUCACCUCCCCCACGUCCAGACAUCGAAUCCAGCUCAUAUGGCUUCUCUUCUGGAUCAUCAUAUCCCUCUACAUCAGACUCGGAAGACGAGGAGGAUUGCUCAUCAUAUUGCUCCUCCUUCGUCACCCCUUCCCAGGACAGAGAGCAUGUCGUUUGGACAGAUGAUACAUAUGAUAUUCGCAUGAAACGAGUACAGAACUGGAGAGAUAAUUCAAUAAAAGCAAUGAGCGCCUCAACUGAGCCUCGCUCGUUGUCAUUGAAACGAAAGUUGAAUCAAAAUCAGACUGAUGAUGAUCUUCACACCCCAAAAAGAUCACGCUCUCGGGAUCCUAACAGCGCAUCCAGAUUGCUCGGGCAUUCAUGUACUGCCUGUGAUACCCCCUUCUCAUCAAGGCAAAGCCUGCGACAACAUGGUCGCACUCCCCAUAUAUCUGAGGCAUGUCGGAUAGCGGUCGAAUACAAUUUCGAAUGACCACCCUACUCUUCUCCAAUUCAUCUUGGCUUAUGACGAUCAUGACCCCAGCAUUCGCAUCGUUGUACGAUAACCCACAAUUAUUUUUUUAUUCAUGGUAUCGUACACACUCAUUUACCCAUAUUGUGUACCACCAACGGAUGAAGUUGAAGUGAUGUUUGUUUCUGUACAUUAUUGAUCACUACAUACCUGACCUGUUGUUAAUUAUACGAUAUUUGCUCACUAGUACUUCGAAUAAACAACUUCAAUACCC